AUGGAAGCCCAAUCUACCGAAAAGACCCCUCUCCAAGAGGAGGUUCGAGAGGACACUCAAGUCCCAUCCUCCGCUACGGAACCUCAAGGUACAACACCGCACCAGCGCCCAUCGGUUCGAACGAGCGAGUUUAGUAAGAGAAAACUGUUCGUAUCGAUCUGGCUCCCGCUGUUCGGUCACCUGGCUCUCAGCAUCGCCAUCACGCUCCUCGUUGCCUUGGGUGUGAACGGAUAUCAUGCUCUAGCAUACUCUGGACAGAAGAGGACUCAAGCAAAUGGGAGCUAUGUAUUUCGAGUCUCAGAUAUCACGACACUGCUUUCAGCUGGCACCAAGAUCAUGGAUUACAUCGGUGCGCUGUGGACGGGGCUUGUGGGCUGGCGAUGUGGACUCGUCCUCCUGGAGUACCGAGGACUCAAGAUCAGCCAGCUCUCUGAGGUUCUCGGUGGCUGGCCAUGGUUCAAGCUUCCAAGGGGUAGAGAGUGGCUCGUUGCCCUCAUCUUCGCAUUCAUCCUACCCCAGAACUUCAUCGAGCCCCUCUUCUCAGGUAGCGUGGAUUGGAACUUUGCUCUCGACUACGCGCCUGCGACAACUGUUAGGAGCGGUGACCCAACUGCAUCAUCUACCAAAUGGUAUUACUAUAAUAUACAAGGUGUUGACAGAAAGACUGCCCUUCGUCGGGCGGGCGGCAUGGCCAGCAUUGCUUGGGGUGCCACCGACUCGGCAUAUUCCAAAGGGGGCUCAAUCUCAGCACCUGGAGGACUCGCGUGUCGGCACCUAAUGCCUACCACUGCGCCAGUCAACUCAACACUAGCCAACGCUACCCUCCCCUGUAUCUACAUCCACAAUAUCACCUGGUCUGAUGAUCAGCCCCCAGAUGAUGUUUGGGAAUACGCUUGGUCAAAAGCCGACCAGCUUAGCACUUUCGGUGAUAGCCUAUUUGCCUACGUUCGGCCCGGUGUGGCAGUCGCCUUCAGCCAGGAUCUUUGGGCAUCGAACUCUACAGUCAAGACAGACAGAAAAAAGGGCACGUCAACCUUUCCGGAGGCUUCGAAAUGGAGCGGCAAUAUGACCGUCCUUCUACUUCUUGGCCGGCAGACCUCUGUCAGCUGCAAGCCGAUCUACGGGACUGCGUUUGGAAAUUCCUCCUACCUGACAAAGAGCCUCCCCGGCGUCUUCCAAGCCAACGCCAAUGCAUAUGACGAGAACUGCAUGGUCUGGGGCACAGUCUACUUCACAGCCGGUGAGAUCCAAGCCCCAGAGAGUGUGUACAUUGCUCCCCGGGUCGUCGAAUACCACAUCGAUACCCCAAAAGCGAAUGAAACAAUCUCAGCGUCACGAGAGGCCGAGAUCGUCAAAGCUAUCAAGCCGUCUAUCUGGACGAAAGAUUCCUUGUGGGUUAUGCCUGAUGCUAUGGCCCAGAUUGCGGUUAUGAACACAUCUAUGCUACCCACCUGGGAGAACCUGAACAAUUACACCGCGACGCUCAUUCGCUACGCUUACAUGUCAAAUUGGGACAUGUUUCACGCCUCAUUCGAGGAUACUGACACUGCUUCCUUGACUCUCCGCCCUGCUGAGCCUCGGCUCCAAGCGUCAGUGUCGUUCGGGAGACUGUUUUCAUGGUUCGCCAUUACGUUGUUACUACCCUUGACUGGUGUAAUCUUUAAGUUUUUGCACCGCUCGUGUGACCGAGAAGUGAUAGCGGAUCCUGUGGCCAUAUUGUUUACAGAUGCGUCUCGUGUGAUUGAAGAUCACCACGAUCUAACCACAAUGUCCUACAUCACAAAGGAGCAUAAGGAUAUUGGUCCAAUUCGGCUAGAGGGGUCAGAGUCCCAUGCAGGCGGGUUCCAGUUGACAUUAAAGAGGAAUAAUAUAGCGAGAGAGGCUUAA